GGACCAUGUUUUUUGCACUGCAUGUUGGGAGGAGGCUUUCCCGGAUUGUUUUCUCUAUAGCAGUGCCUCUGGAGUCUCCGACCAUUGUCCUCUGAUCCUUAAGCUCAAUGCGGAUCUUAAAGGGAGGCGUAGGUUUCAUUUUGAGAGCUUCUGGCCUAAGCUCCCGGGUUUUUUGGAAGAAGUUGCUGCUUCUUGGGAUCAGUCGGUCCGUUCUUCUUGCCCUUUGGAGAGGGUGUCGAUGAAGCUUAAAAGAUUGGCACGAAGGUUACAGUCUUGGGGGCAUAAGGCGGUUGGAAAUGUCAAUUCUCAGCUGGGGCUGGCUCGCGAGGUGCUGCACAGGUUGGAGGUGGCGCAGGACAGCAGGCUGCUGUCUACUGAAGAAGUAUGGCUGCUGCAGAAAUUGAAGCAGCACUGCCUUGUCCUUGCUUCUUUGGAGAGGACAGUUGCUCGUUUGCGUUCCCGGUUGCAUUACUUGAGAGACGGAGAUGCCAACACAAAAUUUUUUCAUCUACAGGCUCGCCUCCGCAAAAAGAGGAAUUUUAUUUCCCAUUUGGAGUGUGAGGGAAGAACUGUCGCCAGUCAUGAAGAAAUACAGGAGGUCCUGGAUGAUUUUUUCUAUAACCUUUUGGGUUCUAAUGUUCAGAGACCGUUCUCUCUUAAUCUGAUUGCUUGUCACAGAGAUGCUAUUGAUUUAAGUUCACUGGAGGCUCCUUUCUCAGAGAAGGAGGUUCGUGACACUAUUGGUGCUCUCCCGUCUGAUAAGGCUCCGGGUCCUGAUGGGUUCACUGGAAAAUUUUACAAAUGUUGUUGGCAUAUUAUUAAGUCAGAUAUGAUUGCAGCCUUGAAUUCCCUCCAUCAAGGAAAUGCUCACAAGUUGGGGAUGCUGAAUUCAGCUUAUUUAGCUCUCCUCCCUAAGGGUGAUGUUGCUUUGUCUGCGAGAGAUUUUAGACCAAUUAGCUUAAUUCAUAGUUUUGCUAAGUUGGUCACCAAAAUGCUUGCUAAUAGAUUGGGCCCUUACCUUCAGGAGUUGGUGGCAUCUAAUCAGAGUGCCUUUGUGAGAGGCAGAUCAAUCCAUGACAACUUCAUGUUGGUGCAGCAAUCAAUUAAGUCUCUCCACAAGAAGAGAGUCUCUAGUUUGUUUUUGAAGUUGGAUAUAUCCAAAGCAUUCGAUUCGGUCUCUUGGGCCUUCUUGUUUGAAGUGCUUUCACAUCUUGGUUUUGGUCCUGUGUGGCGGAAUAUGAUAUCUAAUAUUUUGGUCUCUUCCUCUACGCAAGUACUUUUGAAUGGGUCCCCUGGUAUUCCUAUUAGGCAUCGGAGAGGGCUUCGCCAGGGUGAUCCUCUCUCUCCGAUGUUGUUCGUCUUGGUUAUGGAUGUUCUCAAUAGUCUUUUUAAUCUGGCUGAAAGAAGGGGGCUGCUGCAUAGCUUGGAGGGUGCUAAUAUUCGGAGCAGACUGUCUGUUUAUGCUGAUGAUGUGGUCCUUUUUGUUCAGCCGUUUGAGGAGGACUUUCAAUGUGUCAAAACAAUUUUGGAUUGCUUUGGUUCAGCCACGGGAUUGGUCUCUAAUUUGCAGAAAAGUUUCGUUAUUCCAAUCAGGUGUAAUGAUCAGGCGGUGCAGUUGGGCUGCAAUAUUCUUCAGUGCACUUCAUCCACUUUUCCGUGCACUUAUUUGGGGCUGCCAAUUUCAGACACGAAGCUCAGAAAAUCUGAUCUCAUGGUUUGGGUUGACAAAGUUGCGGACCGACUUCCUAAUUGGAAGGCUCGGUUGCUUAGUCUUGCUGGCAGGACAGCUAUGGUGCGCUUUGUGCUUUCAGCCAUCCCGGUCUAUCUUCUCAUUGCUAUGAAAAUCCCCAAGUGGGUGAUCAAUUCCAUAGACAAGAUUAGGAGAGGAUUUAUUUGGAGAGGAAGAAAGGAGGUAAAUGGUGGUAGUUGCCUUGUUUCAUGGGACAUUGUCACAAGGCCUUUAUAUCUCGGUGGGCUCGGGAUUUCUAAUCUGCUGUACCAAAGUUGGGCGCUGCAAGCUAAAUGGUUAUGGUUGCAAAAAACAGAUCCUAACAAACCAUGGUCUGGUCUGGAAUUUCCUAUUCAGUAGCAUGUCAAGAGCUUCUUUUCUGCCUCAAUUGUUACCAUGGUUGGCAAUGGGUGUAAUACUCUAUUUUGGACAGAUCGGUGGGUGGAUGGGUCUCGUAUCCAGGAUUUUGCCCCUGCCGUGGUGGCUAAUGUUGGAAAAAGGGCCCUUUCUUCCAGGACAGUGGCCCAUGCUCUUGAGAACUGGCAGUGGGUCAGCGACAUUGUGACCCCUCUUAAUUUGUCUGGGCUGCAGCAAUAUCUGAACCUUUGGGACACAUUGAGGGGAGUGGUGCUGACUCAGGAGGCUGAUAGACAUGUGUGGAUUCAUUCUUCCUCUGGACAGUUCUCUUCUAAAUCAUGUUAUAAGGCUUUUUUCUUGGGUUCGAUUACUUUUGAACCGUGGAAGAGGCUGUGGAAGUCUUGGGCUCCACCCAAAUGCAAAUUUUUUAUUUGGUUGGCAAUAAGGAAUAAAUGUUGGACAGCUGAUAGACUGCAGAAAAGAGGGUUAGACCAUCCUGAGGUCUGUCCGUUGUGUGAUCAAGAGCCGGAAAAUAUCCAACACCUCCUUUGCACUUGCGUUUUUUCGCGGCAGUUUUGGUAUUACAUUCUUUCUUCGUUGGGGAUGGCUAAUCUUUCUCCUGACUCUAAUGAGUCCACUUUUGCUGACUGGUGGGCGAAAGUAAUUAAGCAAGUGCACAAAUCCAAAAGAAGAGGCUUUAACAGUAUCAUCAUCUUGGGGGCUUGGUGUUUAUGGCUUCAUCGUAAUAAGCAAGUCUUAAAAGCUGGAUUACUGAAAGAUGGCAUUUGUGCUGUGCAAGAUGAGAGUGCAGGUCUUGUAGUGUCUGUGGUUGAUCCACAACCCGGGGAAACGAUUGUUGAUUGCUGUGCUGCACCUGGUGGAAAGACUCUUUUCAUGGCAUCACGGUUGUCAGGAGAAGGGAAGAUAUGGGCUCUGGACAUAAACAAAGGUCGUUUGAGAAUACUCAUGGACGCAGCAAAGUUACACGGUCUAGAUGAUAUGAUCACUGACAUCCAUGCUGAUCUUCGACUAUAUGCUAAGGAAACCACAGUUAAAUAUGACAAAGUAUUGUUGGACGCUCCAUGCUCUGGUCUGGGAGUGCUUUCCAAGAGGGCGGACUUACGCUGGAAUAGACAAUUUGAAAAUUUGGAAGAGUUGAUGUGUUUACAAGACGAGCUUCUUGAUUCGGCAUCAAUGUUGGUAAAGCCAGGUGGUAUACUAAUUUACAGUACGUGUUCGAUUGACCCUGAAGAAAAUGAAGAGAGGAUUACUGCUUUUGUUCAGAGGCAUCCGGAAUUUGCUCUUCAGAGUGUAUGUGGAUAUGUUCCUAGAGAAUUUAUCACAGAUGAAGGUUUCUAUUCCUCAAAUCCAACUAAGCACUCUAUGGAUGGGGCAUUUGCUGCACGUCUUGUCCGGUCAACGCACUAAGAUUAUAGGAGUUGCCACAAGGCCACAACUAGGUGUGAAGUUGAACAAGGAAUCACAUGUAUUGCCCUAAGUGCACCCAGUCAUUGCUUCAAUAUCUUUAUCUUAUAUAUUCUUGAACUUUGCUGCGUUUUCCUCUUACGCUUCACAAAAAAAAAGCAUAUCCAAACCCAUACCAUAUUGCUUCUUGUACGGCACGCAGAUUUUUUGAAGCGUUUUCGCUUUGUAUUAAAGUCAUCUGUUUAGACUGCU